GAAUGAAAUGAAAAAAAUAAAAGAAAUGCAAUAUCAGUGACACUAAACGCAAAGUAGCAACCAUACUAUACUACUGAAUUUUCUCUCUCUAGAUCAGCCAAUCAAACCCUCCCGAAAUUUCCUCUCUCUAAAUCAGCUAUGGCCACCGCGUCGACUCUCCCGAUCUCCAAUACCUCAUCUGAAUCCCAGCCUCCCAUCGCCACCCCCGCGUUCCGCGCCUUUCUUGCCCGCCUCAAUUCCUCCGUCCGCAACGGCCUCGCGCAGCGCCGCCCCUGGUUGGAGCUCAUCGACCGCUCCGCCUUCAACCGCCCCGAUACCAUCGCCGAAGCCGCCUCCCGCAUCCGCAAAAACUUCUCCUACUUCCGCGUCAACUACAUUUUCCUAAUCUCCCUCUCCCUCGCCUUCUCGCUCCUGUCGCACCCUUUCUCUCUCCUCGUCUUGCUAUCACUCCUCGCCGCGUGGCUCUUCCUCUACCUGUUCCGCCCCUCCGACCAGCCGGUUGUGGUUGGGGGCCGCACCUUCUCGGAUCGCGAGAUUUUGGGGAUUCUGGUGGUGUCCACUAUAGUUGUGGUGUUCCUCACUAGCGUGGGAUCGCUGCUCAUAUCCGCCUUGCUUGUUGGCCUCGCCGUGGUUUGCACGCACGGCGCCUUCCGCAUGCCUGAGGAUCUGUUUUUGGAUGAGCAGGAGCCGAUUACUACGGGAUUUAUGUCGUUUCUAGGUGGUGCCGCCUCCUCUGCGGCCGCAGCGGCUGCUCCAGCGGUUGCUACGCGUGUGUGAUUGGAUCUUGCCGGAUCUGAUUUGUAAUAUUACUGGACCCCGAAGGUACGCGAUUGUAGUUAGGGUUCUCGAAUUCAAUUGAGUUUUAGUUCGUCUAAGUUGUAUUAUUUGCCCCCUCAACGGCCGUAGAGGAAUUGUGUUCUAUUUUGGAUAUAUUUCUUUUUUAUCUUUUUAUACAAGAUCUAAAAUGUAUGAUACAUUCUUGAAUCUCCUGCAAAUUCGAGCCAUUCCCGUGUGGGAUAUGUUCAGUUAUUGUUUAGAAA